AUGCCUGCACUAGAAGAGCUCGGUACUACUAUUUUGAGAAAGGAACUACAAAAACAAAAUCUCGAUUCAAAAGGAGUGAAGGCACAUUUGAAAAGCCGCCUAAGAGACGCUUUGAUAAAUAAAGGUAACGAUCCUGAUGAGUUCGACUUUCCGAAUUCUGUAGAACAAAUUUUAGCCACAAUGAAUAAAAAAUUAAAUCGCCAAAUAGCCGAAUUAAAAAUAGCCACUGGAGGAACAGCACCUAAUGAAGUGAAACGCGUUCGAGGACAACACAGAAAUAAAAUUGAACAGCAAACCAGAGGAGCGAAAAAUUUGCUUGAUUGA